AAAUGAAAACGGACUUGUGUGGUGGAAUUUUAUUUCCCACUUUUUAGUCUUCCUUCCCUCCACUUAAUGCACCUGAGUGAGUCUGAGCCUGAGCUUUGUUUCAGCAAAUUUUUGUGCUCAGAUGUCAGUAUUUUUGCAGAUUGUGCGCUGCUUUGGCGCGGUGUCGGUAUCUUCUUCUUCUUCUUCUUCUCAAUGUGGCUCUGCCCCUGUUCGCAUAUCUUGUUCAGUGCAGGAAGCACUUCCCUCUCAAAUUAAGCCCCCGCCUCCUCCACCCACAACUCACCAGGAUAUGCGUAUUAGCACCACCGAACCCGAUUCCAGUUCCCGCUCAGGCAUUAAGCUCCCCAGGCAGAGAUACAUAUCAGUUUCCAAGUCUGGCCUACUGGAUGCCAUUAUCUCCACCAUGUUCCCCUCACCCCCGGAGGCCCUUCAAUUUCUUUCACUUUCCCAAUGCUUGGAUUCGAUUCUUCACGCUGAGCAUAAAACCAUUUUAGAAGAAAUGAGAGCUGACUUUGAUGCUACUCUUUCCACAAAGAGCAACAGAUUCAGUCCUGAUGGUUUUCCAUCAUUGGCCAGAAAAGAUGUGGCUAAUCAGGAGUCCGGUGCUCCCCUGAAUAACUCUAAGAGUGAUGACAAGGAACAGGAAGACAAGGCUGACACUGAGAUGCUAAUGUCCUCUGAUUUUACCAGGGACUUGAAACAACUUUUCGAUUUUUCGUUUAAAACUGCCAAGAGAAGCCCUAUCAAGAGGUCCAGAGUUGCCAUCCCAGGCCGUUUUGAACGUGCUUUCAUGAAACUGCUCUGUAAUGCCGAGUUUGAAGAGUUGUCUCCUAGAGAUUUGAUGUUGACGUCAGCACUAAAUACCGAUUAUCUCCUUACAUUACCAAUUUAUAUUGACUGGAAAAAAGCAUCCGAGUCCAAUGCAAUUAUAUUCAGGAGAGGAUAUGCAACUGAAAGGCAGAAGGGCUUGCUGAUUGCUGAAAAAUUGGAUUACUUACAAUCGAAGUUGUUGCAGAACUUUUUUGCUCUCAUAGCCAAACCAUUGGGGAAGUUUGGAGUCUGGUUAAAUGAGGUUUCCAAGAGUAUCAUGCAGAAACAAGAUACAGAAGUUUUGGAUAAUAAAUUAAUGCUUUGGUUUAAGGAGUUGUCCCUUUCCCUGAAACCACAGUCCUAUGAUCAAAUAUCUGAUAAUAUUAAAGGAGUUGACAUCCUAUCCAGUGAUCGUCCAAUUUGGGUGGCUGCACAGAAAGCAGUAACUCGUUAUGAAGGACUUCUCUCAGAAGUUGGGCCUCGUGAGAGGCUCUUAAGGAAGUUUCUUGCAUGGAUUGGUCUAGUACCAUCAAUUCCUGAGCAAGUGUUUGACUUCAACUUGGAUUGUACUGGUCUGGAAUCCAAUUUAAGCCCAAGUUUCUUGUCAAGAAUAUCACUUGGUGACAUAUGGAAACCUGCAUCACCUAAAUCUUGUGGGAAUGACUUCAGGAAGAUGUUAAGUAUUGCCAUUUCUAUUCUUUUCUCACAAUCUAUUCUCCAGGAGCCCUCAUUCCAAGAAUUGAUCUUGUUCUAUACCGAAGAAAUUGAAGAGAGAGAAAGUAUGGAUCAAAUUGAGGUGCCUUCAUUGCAAAUGAAAAUCUAUGAGAGGAUUCCUAUUCCAGAUCUCCCGGUUGUUUUUCCUCACAAGAAGCUGUCCUUUCGUAUUCUUGACACGGUACGCCUGGAUGUUGCGACAAUAUUGGGACUUUUGGCAUACUUCUUCAGUUAUAAAUUUGAAGACAUUUUAUCUUCCCCAUCUGCAAUACUUUUAGAUGCGAUUGCAGCCAGCGCACUUGUGAUAUAUGUGACUCGUGUACUUCUGGGCUACAAACAAACAACGGAUAGAUAUCAACUUUUGGUCAAUAGGACGCUUCACGAGAAAACCGUAGCUAGUGGCUUCGGUUCCAUUCAUUUUCUUCUUGAUGCUUCUGAACAGCAGCAAUACAAAGAAGCCAUUUUGGUAUAUGCAACCCUACUUAAAGCAGAGAAUGACCAGGUGACAAGCACAAGAACUAUUGGAGAUAAAUGUGAAACUUUUAUUUACAAUGUUUUCAAAGUAAAGAUCGAAAUGCCGGUUGACAAGGCCAUAGACACACUGAUGAGGCUCGGUCUUGUAAUAAAAAAGGUGGUUGAUGGGCAAAUCAUAUUGCAUGCUAUGCCCUGUAGCAGGGCAUGUAUCAUUCUCCGAGAUCGUUGGAAUAGUCUGAUCAACUGAUCAAGUUUGGCAUCUCAGGGAACUGCAAUCAAUUAUUGGUAGAGCAACCUUCGCGUUCCAACUCGUUCUGCUCCUUUUUCUCUUGAAACACCAAAAAUUGAAAGGGAUGGAGUGACCCAGGAAAUUCAAUAUAGAAUUCUGUAUGACUAAACACAAACUACAUACAAAGUAUUUUAGCUGUGUAUCCCAAAUCUUUUGUAAAUAUGACUUCUGAGCAUUGAAUAGUUUUUUCUUUAUUGUUUUAUGGGAGUUUGUUUAU